GCAACUCCGGGUAUAUAGCAUUUUUACGAGACGCUCCUAUAGCACAACAUCUCGGCAGCGUGAGCGAGUAGUACACAUCACAUCGGUUGUUACAAAACACUAAGCAGCUAAAGCUUAGCCUUUUACUGAACCUCAAGUGCAACUUAAAAGAGUCAAAGUUAAAAUGGACGAAGAAUUUCGUUGUGAUUCCUGGUUGAGCCUUCUGGAAGAUAUUUUACAACGAGAACCUGAGUGGAACAGUGACUAUUCAAAAGAUUUUCCAAGCUUUCCAUUGAAGAAACCAAAACUUGAAGUGGAUCGGGACGAGGUGCUGGAUAGGCCUCUGUACAUCAAGCAAGACUCAGAAGAUUUCUCGUUCCCUAACAAGGUGAAAUGUUCCAUGCCAUGCAUCAUCACACAGCCAAAAGUUAAAGUUCAUUUUCUGGGCUUAAAAAAGGAGUAUGAAAAAGUACAGAGUCGAGUAAACCGUCAGUCAAGGCAAAGACUAGCCGAAGGGAAGGUUCGAAUGGUGGUGACAGCAGACGCACAGAUCGCAAAAAUUGAAGUUCUCGUAGAGCGAGCGCCGAUGGCAGCUGCUCUCAGUGGUGACGUCACGGGUAGAGUGCCACUGAAGGUUAAAAUGGGGGCGCAAGUUGGUAACAAGCAAUACCUGUCUGUGGAUCUCGAUUCAGUUUACAUGUCUGAUAAAGGCACGCCAGUUUACAAGCUUUCAACCGUGGACGCCGACAGACGAAACAGGUUUCGCUUGGUAGUCAGCUUGCUGUUCAUUGAUGGAGAUCGCAGUCAGUCGUUUGCAAGUCCAACGUUUCUGUUGCGAAGCCGAAGACCAGAGAGAAAAAAAUCAUAUUAGUUCUCCCGACGACCCAUGGAGAGAAUCACAAAAGUUACACGUGUCAGUAGUGACACCUUGUGUUCCAGUUCCCCCGUUGACUGAGCGCGCCUCAAGCAAGACGAACGGAAUCUGGGACAAAUCACGUGUUCCGAAUUACAUCAUAAGUUCCAGACCUCUUUAUGUAACGCAGAAGACAAUGAUCGAGAAACAGAUUCUUAUUUUUUUCUUAAUCCUGCUACACAACCCUAUCUAAAAUUAACUUCAUUUUCAAGUUACAGCAUGCCGUGGGGAGGAUCUGGGGCGAACCGCGUGUUCACGAAGACACCGGGGAUCCCUGAGCUCUCAACGGGCAGUGCCAUUUACAACUACCGUUGGACAUAGUAAAGGAAGUAGGCUACUAUUGCCUUGAAACAAAGGCUUAGGAGGUAGUUGUGUUUAAGCCCGGGCCAAAUGGAAACGAAAGUCGACAGGAGAAAAAAUUCUCGGUAUCGUUCGACCUGAAACUCAUAUCUAUAUCCUGACGAUUCUUAUAUACUCCCAUCAAAUUUGAACUUGAUCAAAUCUUCUCGAGACUCGUCGAACCCUCUCUCAAUUGACCCACGUUCACUGUAAGUUUCUGAAAACUCUUCAACGUGGAUCUCUGAGUAUUUUUAAGUCGUUCUUGUUUGGUCCGGACUUAACAAUUUCGUUAGUAAUUUAAUUUGCUACAAACAGUUGCUGAGGUGGUCCGUGCCAAUAAAAAUAAAUUUUAAAAUGAA